UAUCAGUAUACACUUAGAAUAAUUAAUAACUGGUUAUCAAACAAAGCAAUAACUAUGAAUAAAGUCACAGCCACAUCAAUUUUAUAUUUAUACAAUCUUUUGAUCAAAUCUUUCAGCAUAUGUUCAGUUUUACUCGAAGCAUAACAUUCAUUUCUAAUAAUGGAGAAGUUAAUUAUAUUUUUGUUAACGUUAAUAUAUGUGACUUUUGUGCAGUGUUAUAUAGAGAAACCUGGUCCUAGAUAUCCCCCAACUAAAGGAGAAAUAUGGCCGAAGCCGUCUUAUCAGAUAAAAAAUGAAAGUUUCUUUUUACUUGAUCCUCAAACUUUUGAAAUAAAGACAACAAGAUACACAUGUUCACUGAUUAAAGAUGCCAUCGUAAAUUAUGAAUACCUUAUUACAAAAGGGGGAGUGUCUGAUAGCAAUAAAAUAAAGCUACAGAAGAAUAAACUAGAAAAGACGUGGUUGCAAGAUCCAGCAUAUUUGGGAGUUUUUAAUAAACUUGAGGUACGACUUGAUAUGCCAUGUGAUGGGAAUGAAUAUCCAUCAGAGAACAUGAUGGAAGCUUAUACAAUUAGGGUGUCCGAACAUGAAAAGCUAAUUAACUCAUCCUCAGUUUGGGGAAUUCUCAGAGGUCUAGAAUCAUUUUCCCAAAUGGUAUAUAUAGGCGAUAAGGGAUUGUCGCUGAGAAUUAACAGAACUUUUGUAGAAGACAUUCCUAGGUUCUCUCAUCGUGGACUUCUUUUAGAUACAUCACGGCACUUCCUCCCACUGGAAAGUAUUUUACUUACAAUUACCGCAAUGUCAUACAAUAAAAUGAAUGUAUUUCAUUGGCACAUAGUAGACGAUCACAGCUUUCCUUACAGUAGUAAAAAAUUUCCAGAACUAAGUGAAAAAGGAGCAUAUACCCCUUAUCAAGUAUAUUCAUAUGCAGAUAUACAGACUAUAAUAGAACAUGCUAGAUUAAAAGGCAUUAGAGUCAUUCCAGAAUUUGAUACUCCAGGACACACAAGAUCUUGGGGCGUAGCUCAUCCCGAAAUAUUAACUGCUUGUGGAGGAGAACUUACAGGAAACUAUGGGCCCAUCGAUCCGACUACGAAUACGACUUAUGAAUUUCUUAACGAUCUAUUUACAGAAAUUCAUGAAACUUUUGCUGACAGAUAUAUUCAUAUUGGUGGUGACGAAGUAGGAUUUGAAUGUUGGGGAAAUACUUCCAAAAUUGUUGACUACAUGAAAGAAAAAGGUAUAACAAGUUUUGAAGAUUUGGAAAGUUUUUACAUUAAAAAAGUCAUUGAUAUGAUAGACAGUUUACAAUAUCAAUCUAUUGUAUGGGAAGAAGUAUUUACAAAUGGCGUUGAACUCCCUAAAAACACAGUUAUUCAAGUAUGGAAAGAUUUCUGGAACAUAACAUUGCUUAAUGUUACAUCCUCCAACAGGCACGCUAUCCUUUCUUCAUGUUGGUAUCUAGACAAUAUCAAAAGUGGCGGAGAUUGGUUAAAAUUCUAUGAUUGUGAUCCGCACUCUUUUACAGACGAUCCUAUAUUGCGGUCUUUAGUAAAGGGAGGUGAAGCUUGCAUGUGGGGGGAGGUCGUAAACCAAUACAAUGUAAUUUCAAGAGUAUGGCCAAGAACUUCAGCUGUUGCUGAAAAACUUUGGUCACAAUGGGAAGACAAAUAUGAUGAAGACGAAGUCAAAAGGCGACUGGAGGAACAUACAUGUAGAAUGAACAGACGAGGGAUUGCAGCUCAGCCACCUAAUGGUCCUGGUUUUUGUUAUUAACAUCGAUUUGUACAAAACUUUUUCAAAUAGAAAUUAAAUGGUUUCCCCA